AAAGGCACGCCAGAGGCAGGUUGAACAUUUCUGGUGAUCUCUUAGAGGCGCGCACCAAAAGGAAAACGCACCGGCUUUUGUUUUUUUUAUUUUUAAAAGUGGUCUUUGUCACCACUGGACUCAAACUCACGGCUUAACAAACACAACAAGACGGAAGGAAAAAUAUAUUUUAAAGUCCUGGAUAGUUUUUAAUCGCUCUCUUCUAGUCUGUAACAGAAACAUGAAUCAUAAAACUAUUUUUUUGUGGAUUUCCCUCCAAUGUUUAGCUGUGUUUUUCUCAUCCGCUGUCGGGGAAAAUGCGGUUCUUAAAGAAGAUGAAGAUGAUGGAGACUUUGAUGAAUUUCCACUCGUUCUCCCUGGUGAGAUCAAGUACAACAUGAGGAAAAGUUUGGAUCUAGACCAGGAGGGCUGCUAUCUGGAGGCUGGCAAAACGGCAUGUCUGGAAAAGUGUGGUUUCAACGCUACAGCCAAGAGUAUCUUCAUCAUCCAUGGCUGGACGAUGAGCGGCAUUUUUGAACCCUGGAUGAAAAAGUUGGUGGCUGCUGUGAUGCAACGUGAGCAAGAGGCCAAUGUGGUGGUGGUUGAUUGGAUGCCUAUGGCUCAGCAGCUGUAUCCUGAUGCAGUCAACUACACAGACAGCGUUGGUCUCAAUAUUGCUGCCAUGCUCAACUGGCUUCAGGAUGAGCUGCAGCUGCCUCUACAGAAUGUACACCUGAUUGGCUACAGUUUAGGAGCUCAUGUAGCUGGUUUUGCUGGAACCUAUGUGAAAGGGACCAUUGGCAGAAUCACAGGUCUAGACCCAGCAGGACCCAUGUUUGAGGGUGUAGUGGAGGAGAGGCGGCUCUCCCCAGAUGAUGCAGACUUUGUGGAUGUUUUGCACACAUACACUCGGGAGGCUUUGGGUGUGAGCAUUGGAAUCAAACAGCCAAUUGGAGAUGUUGAUAUCUACCCCAAUGGUGGUGAAGUGCAGCCUGGCUGUGCACUUAGUGACGUGAUAGCAAUGUCAGGAACUUUUAUGCAGAUGAUGAAGUGUGAACAUGAGCGAGCUGUGCACUUGUUUGUGGACUCCCUGAUGAAUAAGGACCACAUGAGCUUUGCCUUCCAGUGCACGGACCCGCAUCGCUUCAAGAAGGGGAUCUGCCUUAGCUGCCGCAAAAACCGCUGCAACAACAUCGGCUACAACGCCAGAAAGAUGCGCAAAAGGCGAAACAGUAAAAUGUACCUGAAGACGCGAGCCGACACCCCCUUUGGCGGUUUCCACUACCAGAUGAAGAUGCACGUGUUUGACAGAAAACAAUCCAACAACGCAGAUCCUACCUUUUAUGUGAAGCUGUACGGAGCUCACAAUGAUACAACAAAUAUGUUUGUUGACGUCCAAGAUGUUGCUGUUGGUCUGAACCUGACGAACACCUUCUUGGUGUUCACUGAAGAGGAUAUUGGUGACCUGCUGAAGAUCCGUUUGACUUGGGAGGGAGAAGCUGAAUCCUGGAACUCUGUUUGGAAGAACAUUAAGAAAUCUUUCUGGGCCUGGAACGCCAAGCCUGCUAAACCUGUCCUAGAAGUCCGACGGAUUCGUGUGAAAGCUGGAGAAACUCAAAAGAAGUUUACUUUCUGCGCACAAGACCCUUCAAAGACUGAGAUCUCACCAGGGGACUCGUUAACUUUUGUAAAAUGUCGUGAUGGCUGGGAAUUGAAACCAAGAAAAAGGCUGCCCAUGUAACAACUCGGUGCUGCUAGUGACCAAUGCACCGUCACCAUGGGGGACCCAACAUGGAUCAGUGAGAAGCACAGCCUUCUCUUCAUUUGAGCACUUUCGUGGGAGGAUUUAUCGGCACAUGGCGGGGAGGAGGCUUCAGGUCUUGGACUCUGGAAUGUUUCCGUUGGCUAAUUAAAUGAAGACUGGCAGUCUGUCUAGAGAACACAUGGCUGUAAAAUGGUGCGAAGGCAGGUAGCAGAGGCAGACAGCAUGUCUUAAGAUUUCCUGACAAGUUGCAAAACGUUCCUUUUUUGUUUUGUGUGAAGUUAAAAAACAAACAAAAGAUUCAGAUCUGUGCCAGUGAAUCCACACCAGCAGUUGUUGUUGUAUUGUAAGUUUUUUAAUAUAUUUUAUUUAUGGAAAACAUUUGAAGCACUGACAGACCAAUGUUAUUUAUCAGAGCGCAUCCCAUUAUGAAGCACGUUUACUUCCAAAUGCAGUAUUUGUUAGUAUGUGUUUAGUGCAUGUGAGUUUGUGACCAAGAAGUGUGCCUUUCUGCUGAGAUUACAAAACACUGUAAAAGUGAAGGUUAAUCCGUUGCAUAUCAUUGUUCCAAGAUGUUUAGUUUUUUUUCCUUUUGUGUAUAGUGUUACACGUGGCUUAGUUUUGGGGUGUGUCUGUACAUAUUGUAAAUAACUUUUGGAAAAAUAAAUUCACCUGUUUGUAAAAACUG